UUAGUUGAUUACUGCCUCAGUGUUUCACUAACAUUCACUAUUACCAAUAAGCGUGAUACGUGAUAUAUAGAUAUACUUAAGUCGUAUAAAAAGUGUGGCGGUGAUCCCCUGUAGGCUGAUACAUUCUUAUGAUAUCGUACAUAUAAGAGAUCUCACCGAAAUUAAAAGCAAAUAUGUCGACUGGACCUCAACACAAGUAUCGUUACAAAAAUGUGGGCUUGGACUCGCAGGAAUUACGUCGUCGUCGCGAGGAGGAAGGAGUACAGCUUCGUAAACAAAAGCGGGAACAACAGUUAUCUAAAAGACGCAACGUUCCAGCAAUUGUCCCCGAUGAAGAAAGUAUUACGGCAACUGAAGAUUAUCCUGUUCUAGCACCUCUACCGCCACCACAGCCGGUGAUAACUAAAGAAAUGGUAGAAGCUCUGUACAGUAAUAAUAUAGAAGAUCAGGUAGCAGCAACGCAAAAAUUCCGUAAAUUAUUGUCCCGAGAGCCAAACCCUCCAAUAGAUGAGGUCAUACAGACGGGUAUUGUUCCACGGUUUGUUGAGUUUUUGAAAAACGAUUCAAACUGCACACUGCAAUUCGAGGCAGCAUGGGCAUUGACGAAUAUUGCCAGUGGUACUUCACCCCAGACACAUAUGGUUAUCGAAGCUGGAGCAGUACCUACGUUUAUUGGGUUACUCAGUUCAGCUUACGAGGACGUACAGGAGCAGGCUGUUUGGGCUCUCGGCAAUAUCGCUGGCGACAGUCCAGAAUGUAGGGAUCAUAUACUCAACAGUGGAAUUCUGCCACCCCUACUUCAGUUACUUUCCAAGACCACUAAGCUCACCAUGACACGUAACGCCGUUUGGGCAUUGUCUAAUCUCUGUCGUGGCAAGAAUCCGGCUCCGGUUUUUCAAAAAGUAGCUCCAUCCCUGCCCGUAUUGGCUCACCUUCUAAAUCACACGGACUUUGAUGUACUUGCUGACACUUGCUGGGCACUGUCAUACCUCAGUGACGGCCCGAAUGAAAAAAUACAAGCUGUCAUUGACGCUGGAGUCUGUCGUCGACUUGUAGAGCUUCUUAUGCACGAGCAACAUAACGUCGUCAGUGCAGCACUUCGAGCUGUUGGGAAUAUUGUCACCGGCGAUGACAUUCAAACCCAAGUCGUUCUUAAUUGCUCAGUGUUACCAUGCUUGUUGCAUCUGUUGAAUUCCUCUCGCGAAAGUGUCAGGAAAGAGGCUUGCUGGACUGUGUCUAAUAUUACUGCAGGAAAUCAUCAACAAAUUCAAGCUGUGAUUGAUGCCAAUAUUUUCCCCGUAUUGAUUGACAUACUUGGAAAAGCUGAAUUUAAAACUCGCAAAGAAGCUGCUUGGGCAAUAACUAAUGGAACGAGUGGUGGUACACCAGAGCAAAUUCGUUACUUAGUUUUACAGGGCUGUAUUCCACCGCUUUGCGAUUUGUUAACUGUAAUGGAUCCUAAGAUAGUACAAGUCGCGUUGAAUGGGUUGGAAAAUAUACUCCGACUUGGUGAACAAGAUUCCAGUCUUCACAAUGGUGUAAAUCCUUACACAGUGAUAAUUGAAGAGUGCUAUGGCCUAGAUAAAAUAGAAUUUUUGCAAUCACAUCAAAAUAUGGAAAUUUAUCAAAAGGCGUUUGAUAUAAUUGAACGUUACUUUGGUUCUGAAGAAGAAGAUUCACGAUGUGCACCAUCAGUCGAUGCGCAAGGCCAACAAUUUCAAUUUAAUGCCGCUGAUUCAUCACAAUUGCCAGUUCAAAACUUCCAAUUUUAAUUUCGCAUGUGCAUGAUGAUUUAAAAAAAAAAAAAAAAAAAAAACAUUUUAAUAACAAUAACAAAAACACCACGUGUUUACAAGUUACAGAGUUCAUCCUUUCCAAUUUUAUUCGAAGAGUAUAAUAUCGUAUCAUUGAGACGAACGCUAACUUGGAUUUGAAAACGUGAUAAUUAUAUGGUUUGCGGAGAUCAUUGUUUUCGACGUUAACUCUCACAGAUAAAUUUGUAUUUCGUCGAAGAAAAU